UGCCUCCAAUAAUAUUUGCGGGUGGUUACAAUUUAAAAAAACGUUGUUUUUUUAAAACUUUUAAUACAUUACUGUGUAUGGGUUAUUUGGUACAAUAAUAAAUUUUUUAGUAGUAUGGGGAUUAACCUAUUUAAUUAAUAAAGCCGGUUUAAUAAGAAAUUUUGAUUUAGAAAAUCCUAUUUAAUAUUUAAAUACAAAAGCUAUUCUUUUAUUUUCCGCAACAAUAUGUGCAACUGACAGUGUUUCAGCUUUAGCCAUGAUAUCUCCAUCUAAAUACCCAAAACUUUUCAGUAUUAUAUUCGGUGAAGGAAUGGUAAAUGAUUCAGUAUCAAUUAUUUUAUAUACUGCAGUUUUUGAAAUGGUAAAAGAUCCUAAAAAAGAAAUAGAGUUCAACUUUUUAAAAUUUUUAGAAAUGUUUGGAUAAUUUAUAAAAAAUGCAGUUUUAAGUAUACUUAUGGGAUUGGCUUUUGGCUUGUUUGUGACUUAUUUAACUAAAAAAGUACGUGUGUUUGAAUAACUUCCAAAAUUAGAGACUGCCAUUAUAUUUAGUUUUGGUUUCCUUUCAUAUUUAUUAUCAGAAAUAUGCUAACUUUCCGGAGUUAUUACAAUUCUAGUUUGCGGAAUAACUAUGUCUCAUUAUUUAAUGUAUAAUAUAUCUGAAAAAGCAAAAACUACCACAAAAGUAGUUUUUGAUACUAUUUCUUAAAUUUGUGAAGCAGUUUUAUAUAUAGCAUUAGGUGUUGUUUGCUUUUAAUUUAAUGGAAAUGAUUUUAAGCAAAAAUGGUCCUGGAGUUUUAUUUUAUUGGAAAUUAUAGUAUGUUUUCUUUCUAGGUUUUUCAGUAUUUUUAUACUUUCAUGGCUUUUUAUUGGGUAUUAUUAAUUUAGGAAUAAAAAAUGUCGAAUAAAUGUAUAUGAAAUUUCUAUUAUUUGGUUUGCUGGAGUUAUUAGAGGAGCUAUUGCCUUUGCUUUGAUUUUAAAAGUUCCUCUGGAAAAUGAUUCAGAUUAUUCUACAUAUAUUGUUUAAAGUACUACUUUUGCAAUUGUGAUUAUAACAACAAUUAUUUUGGGAGGAAUUAUGCCUAGCUUUGUGCAUUUAGUUCUUAAAAAAAUGUAAGUUAAUCCUUAGUUUGUAGAUAACAAUUCUAUUCAGGAAAGUUUAGCUUAGGGAGAACCUUAUCAGGAUAGAUAAUAUAAGAGUUAUAGCUAGAAAAAAUGGAAAACA